AUGGACAACGGAGGUUCGUCCUCCGGCAGGGUUGGGCGACGACCUGUGGUGAAAGCUAAGCUCACCGUGGCAGGGCUGCUUAGUUUGGGGAAACGUCUUUUUGCUACUCCAGCAUAUUCACUGCCUCAGUACCUUGCACAAUGGGCACUGCCGUCUCAGACGUCAGGUAAGGCUGCCGGUGAGAGGCGAUCAAAUCUCAAGUUGCUCAAGACGUCUUCGAUUCUGGACCAAGGCGACACACGCACGACUCGCCAUGGAGACUGUCUCAGACUGUGUACUUACAACACAAGAGCAGUGUUCAUAGACGCUGACUUCGACACCCUUCUCCGAGCUGCGUAUCAAAUUUCACGUGAUUGCUCUGCAGGAGACCAAGUGUAG